UCAACUCAAUCAGGCACCAAAUACGAUCUUCACGAGGAUCUUGCCGGAAAAACGUACAUCGUAACCGGCGCCACGUCAGGAAUCGGGACUGCAGAAGAACUGGCAAAACGUAAUGCACGUGUCAUUAUGGCUUGCCGGUCCUGAAUACCAGGAACAAGCAGGUAUACUGCCGUCAAUGCGAUUUGGAAGAUUUUGACAGUAUCCGAACGUUUGUUCAAAAGUUGUCCAAAGGAAAAUUCGAAUUGGAUCGAAUUGAUGGAAUUGUGCAUAAUGGGGCGAUGAUGCAGAGUGAACGGGCUGUAAAUAAAGUAAAAACUCGAUUUUUUGGCCUGAAAAUUCAAAAUUUCGCGGUUUUUGACCUAAAAAUUCGAUUUUCUGGGUUAUUUUUUGGGGAAAAUCGGUUUUUUUCGAGUUUUCUCGAUAAAAAUGACAAAAACGAGAAUUUUGAUGGAAAAUUCGAAUUUCUGGGUCAUUUUUGAUGGAAAGAAGUGAAAAAUUACGGAAAAUGCCAUACUUUCCGAUUUUUUACGAAAAUAAUAACUUUCGGAAAAAAAACGAAAAAUCUUGAUUUUCCACCGAAAAUUUUGAAUUUCUCGCAGUUUUUUUGAAUUUUAGUGCAAAUUGUCGUGAAAU